CGCACGUCGGUUGAAGGUUGUGGCCGGUUUCGGUAGCCGGUAGUGGCGGCUUCUGAGGCGAUAUGUGGCUGCUGGGUCUCGUCCAGGAUGAGCGGCGCCUGCUGCAUGUCUUGUCCUACGUCAUGGUUCUAAUGGGAGUCAUCUCAUUCAUACUUCUCCGGUUUAUCCGUGUGCCGUACGGGCGGUAUACCAGCUCCGUGUUUGGGCCGCCGGUACCGGUGCGUCUCGCCUGGUUUCUACAAGAGCUGCCCUCCCUAAGUGUGCCAGUGUAUUACCUGGCCGUCCAUAGAGAGGUGGAGGCGCCAUCCAAGGCUCUACUGGGGGCCUUCAUCUGUCACUACGUGCACCGGACACUUAUCUUCCCCUUUCUGAUCCGUGGGGGAAAGCCUACCCCCCUUGCCUCCUUUUCCCUUGCGUUGAUUUUCUGCUGUUACAAUGGGUACCUCCAAAGCAGCUAUCUGUGCAAGUACUCGGACCUCCGUCCCACCUGGACACACGACCCCAGAUUCAUCAUAGGUAUAGCGCUGUUUAUCUGCGGAAUGCUUAUUAAUAUUCAUUCUGAUCACAUCCUGAGGAAUCUGAGAAACCCCGGCGAGACAGGAUAUAAAAUACCCAGAGGUGGACUUUUUGAAUAUGUUACCGGUGCAAACUUUUUUGGUGAAAUAGUGGAAUGGUCAGGAUUUGCCAUCGCUGGUUGGUCCAUCCCCGGAGCGGCUUUUGCCUUAUUCACAUUGCUGGUGCUUUUAUCUCGAGCACAGCAACAUCACCAAUGGUACAUUGAGAAAUUUGAAGACUAUCCAAAAGCCAGGAAAAUCCUCAUUCCGUUUAUAUAUUAAGUUCUGUGGAAGAUGAAUUAAGACCAGAGUGCCUGCCCAUAAUCUCAUCUCAAGCCUGGUGCUGAUCUCUUUGUACUGUAUCUCAGCCAGGAGACUUACUGGAAUCCUCCCUGUUUCGUUCGAGAAAGUUUGUUACUUUAAGCCUCUAAACCUUUUAUUUUAAUAAAGCAUGUGUUUUUAUGAUGUUAUGAGGGCUUGAAAACGUUCUACCUCCUUUUAUCGUUGUAAUAUAUUGUACCGUAUUCUUCAUGUUCUGAAGAACGUUUAAAAAAAAAAAUAAAGGUUUAUAUU